AUGAUGUCCUCUACAGUGUACAAUUUCGGUUAUGAGCUGGCCUCAAAGCAGGUACGUGUGUACCAGACCAAUGAUGUAGGAAGCGUGUAUCGUGCCCUCACAGCUAAUCUUCAGGAAUACCUGGCAUACGAAGGUAUUCAGGAAGAGGACCCGACGUCUCUGAAGAACAUGUUUGUCAAAGUGCUCACUGUAGGUUUUGGCCUUGCAGUGUAUGUGCUUUGCAAGUCGCAUGCUUCUGGGGUACUGCUUACUGGAUCUUUUCUCUUUUUUGGCGCACUUGUAGCGUUUCAGUUAGUCUGUUCUAUCCUACAACACAAUGGAAAUAUAAUUUUUAUAGGUUCGGGAAGAGUGGUUGAAGAUCAACAGAGGGGACAGAAACCGUGUUUCCGUAAGCUAAAGAAUCAGCGCAUCUGCAUUCGUUUGACUCAGGAAAACGUGUUUAUCCCAGUGGUUAAGUUCGAGGUGCAGCUUAUCGGACCGUCUCGAAUGUUUUCACCGCCUACUGUUUAUAGUCGAGUUGAAAAAACAGUGCAGUAUGGUCAAUUUUUCGGAUCCACCGGCUUCUUCUUUCCGCCUGCGCUACAGGAGCUUAUUGACGGGAUGUUGGAGGCGGUUGCCUCGAAGAAACAGAGGUAA